CCAUGGGCAGUUUCACAAAUAAACUUUACCGUCAAAGUGAACCCAUAAAUAGCCGAAACCACAAUUUCUAGCCGGCUCAGUGAGCAUUUUCGUAUUUGUGUGGUGUCUCUGUUCAAGACCAAACCGUCUGUGUUGGUGAUGGCAAGUGGCAGGACACACAGCCAGUGAGCUGUGUUUGUGUGCUCCCUCAGCUCCAGUUGCACUCGUCCCUCCAGCUAGAUUAAAGGAGUCACAGUGUCAUGCCGGUCCCGGCUAUGGCAGAGCCUGUGGUUGAUCACCAGAAACAGUUUCAGGCUGCUGUGGAUGUCAUCCAUAACCUUCCCAAAAAUGGUUCCUACCGGCCGUCCUAUGAGGUGAUGCUGCGUUUCUACAGUCUUUACAAGCAGGCAGUGUGUGGACCCUGUACAGUGCCUCGACCCGGCUUCUGGGACCCAGUGGGUCGCUACAAAUGGUCUGUGAUGGAUGCCUGGAGCCACCUGGGUGAGAUGAGCAGUGAGCGUGCCAUGGCAGCAUACGUGGACGAGAUGAAGAAAGUAGCACAGGAGGUCAUCGACACCAUGCCCAUGAAUGAGAAGACAGCCUUGCUCUUCCACCACUUCGAGCCUCUCUACCUGGUGAUUGAUGACAUGCCGCGGCCUCCAGAGUCACUGCUCACACUCAGAGAAGGUCUUAAAGGCAGUGAGCAUGCUGACAGACCAGCAGAAAUGAAGGAUGAGGAUAAGGAGCAAGGUGGCCCUAAAGAAUACUCCUCUGGUCCAGAGAGUGCAGAUCCAGAUCAGGACUUCAACUUGUCUGAGGUUUUAGACCUCACUGCUAACACCGUCCCUCACGACUCCGGUGUGUCUGAGUGUUUGGUGUUGACCAGCGACUCAGAGAGCGAGAUUUUCUGUGACUCUGUGGAUUCAGUGGAGCAACUCGGCAACAUCAAGAUUCCAGUCGUCAAGUCCAAUGGUUUUCACAACAGCCACGUGUCCUUGGAGUCCUCUCCGGUUCAGAGCCAUCAGCUGGAAGGAGGCCUGGCGGUCAGACAGGUCGGAGCAGGUCAAGGUGGAGAGGGGGCAGAGGAUGGAAAGGGUCAGGGUCCCAUAAGAAGGAGUCGAGACACUGAGCGGGAAGGGGCCUUCCAAAACUGGAGAGAACGUGGUGUUCCUCAUGGUAGUGCGAGGGGGGGGGCCCCGGCCGGUGGUGGAGGGGCCGGACGAGGAGGAGGGGACGGUUCGGAGGGCGGGGCUGAGAGGCAGCAUGAUGCCCAGCUGCAGCAGCAGAUCAUCCUGGCCCUGCGGAGGCUCAGAGAGGACAUGAGGAGUGUGAUGGACAGGCUGGAGGUGGUGGAGAGGCUCGCUGCCACACAUACGCUGAGUUCAGAGUGGAGACCGUGCCUGCAGUGUGCAGCCGCAGCCUCGCGACAUCAGCACCAAGCAGCAGACAGACCCAGCUGGACUGAGACCAAAACAGCUGAAACGAGUGAAGAUUGGACUGACGUUUGUCAGGUCGCCACAAGCACGACUCCACAUGAGAGGUGGUGGCUGUUUGAUGUGUCAGGUCAGACCGUCCUCCUCUUCCUGUUGUGGCCGUUUGUUGCUCAGGGUGUAGUCUACCUGCUGAGGAAAGCCCAGAGGAGAAGUCGUAUAUCUUCAUGAAGUGAGCUGACGAAGACAUUCAGCCGUUCACCUGCAGUGAUCCAUCGGUGCAAGAAGUUUCAUUUCUACAGCAGAGAGGAUUCAAUCAAAUAUGAAUUCACGGGAAGGCUUCAUCCUCCUUUAGAGUUGUGGACUUGCAGAGAAAUGUGUCUGGCUGUGUUAUACACCUCAGGAUCCAGAAAUCCUCUCACUCACUGCAGCAUAUACAUCUUUAUUUAAAUUAUUCAAGUGGAUUAAUCGGAUGGCUUCUGUUGGCAGCAGGAAGCAGAUACUGAACCAAACCUGGAUAAGUGCUUGUACUGAUCAUGAGAAUCCUGAAUGAAGAAUUGGAUUAUAUUAUUAAAUUAUCCAAGUCAGUGACACAUAAUGUACGUUCACCAUAGUCCAUUUACUUUUGGGUUUUGCUACCAUAUCAAUGUCUUUUGUAAUAUACAGGAUAUUGUCAGAAUACUAACAGUGUCGAAAACAGCACAAUGCAUCCAAAGUAUCUUCUUUCCAGUGAAAGAAGUCCGUCUACGGAUGUCUUGCUAAUAAGUCAUGCAGUUGUAAUAAUGUCACUGUCACUUUGAAAUCCACUAACAAUACUGAAAUGGAGGAUCAGUGCUGUAUUGGCUGAGAUGACUCUGUGGCUACACUUGUCAUUUGAUUGGGAUCUUUCAGAUCUGAUUCUUGACCUCAGAUUGUUUCAGUCUCUUUUGACUUACAGUAUAUUUAAGAAACUCUUUUCAGUGUUCUGGUACUCAAUCUCUUCGACUGCUUGUGUGCUAACUACUUUAAUUACAUCUAGAAUGCAGCUUCUGAUCACAGUGACACCAUGUAUCUAAUUUUGUGGAUCCAAUAUCAAUGUUAACAUAAUCAGAUAGUUUUGUUACAUCUGCAGUCACAGUAAAGCACACCUAAAUGACAAGUGUAACUGAGACUAUUGUCACUUAAUGAUGGAAGAACUGUUUUCAAGACUGCCCUGUAACGAACAGUCAUGUAUAAUACUAAAGCAUGAACACAAAUUAAAAAUCUAUAUUGAUUGGU